GGGCCCUUUUGUCGAUUUCCCUGCCCUCCCUCCCGUAGCCCAGCCGCAAGAGGAGGGGCGGCUGCUCCGAGGAGCCCUGCUUGGAUCUAUUAUAUACAUAUGUAUAUAUUUAAAUUGGAGAUUGAGCAGUAUAAACGGGGCGGGGGGUGUCCUUUUUUCCCUCUCUCUCUCCUUUCUUCCGUCCCAUAUUUUGCUGCCUCGGUGCGCCCCUAGAAAGGAUCCGGGAUCAGGUAGGGCUUGAACACUUUCCGCUCCCAAACCAACUCCCCUUUCGCCCGGGAGAGCUCUCUCUGCCCCCCGGCGGCGCCUUUCCUCUUCCCCUUCCCCUCUCCCUUUGUCACUCCGUCGCUCCUGGUCGCCGUUUUCUUCCUCUUUCCCCCUCCUCACUUCUCGGUCUUCCUUUCAAGAUGGCCGAUCUCUCGCUCGAAAUUUGUUAGCCCUUCUCGGCUUUCUUUGUUGUGGUGGUGGUUGUCGGCGGGGGGAUUAUUCGCUGUUGGGAGGGAAGCUGCGGAGGAUUUCCAAACUGGCUUCUUCGGAUUUCCCGAUCUUGGGAUCUUAGGGCCCCCGUCCCCUCGCCGCCCUCCCCCGCCCCGCUUUGCAGCUAGGGCGCCCGGCGGCAGCUCCAGUUCUCUUCCGCCGGUCCCUUUCGGCGGCAGCCGGGGCUUUCACCGCCUUUGAACUCGAGAGGCCUUCUCGCCGAGGGCCGGAGCGGCGGGAACCGAGCUCGCCUGCUACAGAGCCGAACGUGCUGUGGGGGCUAGAAAGCCCAUUGGACGGGGAAUAAGCUUUGACAGCCAGCAGCCUGUAGUCGGCGAGCUGGAAUCAAAGGCUCGGCCAGGGAUCUCUCCUCUCCCGCAAGAGGAGAGGAGCAGCUUGCGAGAUCCAAACGUCAGGCGCUCGAGACAAUUUGCUGAGUUCAUCAGGAUGCAUAGAACCACCAGGAUAAAAAUCACAGAGCUGAACCCCCACUUAAUGUGUGCCUUAUGUGGAGGCUACUUUAUAGAUGCCACAACUAUUGUGGAAUGCUUACAUUCAUUUUGUAAAACCUGCAUUGUCCGUUACCUGGAGACCAACAAAUACUGCCCAAUGUGUGAUGUUCAAGUUCAUAAAACAAGGCCUCUUCUCAGUAUCAGAUCAGAUAAAACUCUACAAGAUAUAGUGUAUAAGCUGGUGCCAGGACUCUUCAAAGAUGAAAUGAAGAGGCGACGUGAUUUCUACGCAGCAUAUCCUCUGGCAGAUGUUCCUAAUGGAUCCAAUGAAGACCGGGGAGAAGUUUCAGAACAGGAAAAAGGGAACCUGACUGAUGAUGAAAUUGUCAGCUUAUCCAUAGAAUUUUAUGAAGGAAUCAGAGAAGAAAAUAAAGGGACUGUUGAAAAUGGAAACAUGGAAAAAGAUAAGAAGAACAGCAUGAGAUUCCUCCGCUGUCCUGCUGCUAUGACUAUCAUGCACCUGGCCAAGUUCCUCCGGAACAAGAUGGAUGUUCCCAGCAAAUACAAAGUGGAAGUUCUAUAUGAAGAUGAACCUCUAAAGGAAUAUUACACACUCAUGGACAUAACUUAUAUCUAUCCUUGGCGAAGGAAUGGCCCUCUCCCAUUGAAGUACCGUGUCCAACCAGCCUGCAAGAGGUUAAAACUCUCCUCUCAGCCUCCCAACUCUGAGUGCACCAACACCAGCGGGGCUUCAGAGUGUGAAUCUGUCAGCGACAAAGCUCAUAGCCCAGCCACCUUGCCAGCUACCACCUCCUCCUCGUUGCCAAGUCCUGCCACACCUUCCCAUGGCUCCCCAAGCUCCAACACCACCACCGUAAGCAUUCCAGCCAACCCUGCAUCUGGUGCCAUGCUCAAUGGCACCUCGAACUGCCACCAGAUGCAACCUUUGGCCAGUAGGGGGCGCAAAACCAUGGUGAAUGGUAGCCCAGCCAUGUCAGCCUUGACUUAAAAGGAGCACUGUUUUUGUUGGAACCGGAGUUUUAUAAAUAAGUAUAUUAUGUGUAGAUAAGGGCAAUGGUGGAUGGGGUGGGGAAAUUAUACAUACUUAUUUUCUAUCAACUGACUUGUUUUAAUUUAAGAAAAAUGCAAAAAGUAAAAAAAAUCCAAUGUGUCACUUUUUUAAUUUUUGAAAAGCAAAAAUGUGCUCAUGUAACUGCAUGGUGGCAUCUGUGUAAAAACUGCAGCCCUUUCUGGAUGAUGAUUCUUCUUUUCUAUUAUUAUUUCUGUCCUUGAUUUGUAGUGAGAUUUGAUGCACAGUCUUGGAGAGAAAAAAUGCACAGUCCCAAAUCAACCAGGCUUUCAUAGAAGCACAUAUAGCUUUCCUGGGUCCUUUUUGUCAGAUGACUGUAGCUCACUUCCUUCCUCGCCUCCGCCCCCCUGUCCCUUUUAUACAUUCCCAUUCCAUUGUGCAGCUUUUAGUCCUAUGUUUGUACCUUUCUCUCUUAAGGACCUUGGGUCCAACCACUUGUCAAGCCAAGCUGCUGCUGAAGGGUCAGAAGGGAGGAGUGGACAUUUUUGUGCAUGGAAAGGGGUGACAGUGUGCUCAUUCUCUAUGAUGUGAAGGUUGCUAGUCACUGUAGACAUGCACAGUGCCAGAACAAUAACAUGGCCCCUGGAGAAAGAGGGUUAACAGCUACUGUAAGCAGCAGAGAAAGGAGUCAGAGCAGGAAGCGAGGCCAGAUGUUAGUGGUUGGAAUGUGGAUGAGGAUGAGGAUGAGGAUGUGGAUGUGGAUCUGCCCUAAGUCUUGUUCCUGUAAUGAUAGUGAUUACUUGUUCUUUUCCUAUAGAAAUAGCCUAGAAAUAGAUUCUAAAGCUGUCUCUUUGGUGGCAGCAGGUUCCCCACUAAUGACUUGAAACAGUGUCUUCUAGAAUCAUCCACUGAUCCUGUGCUGAAAUAACAGUAUUGAGGACAAGCUUUACAUCUCCACAGCAAUGGUGAGAUGAUGCUGGAAGACACAAUAAGUUACAAGAGGGGAUUCUGUCGAUGUCUCAAAAGGACUUGGACUAGGGAUUAAUUGAUUCUUAUGUUCCACCAUUUCUCUGUUCAGAAAAUGCAGUGUUGCAGCUGGAAGGUGAAUGGAUACAGUGCCUUCCACUGGCAUACCAUCACCAGCCCUAUGGCUGGAGCAGUUUACACCAUUAACCACAGUAUGGUGGCCUUGGCGCCUUGUACUAAGCACUUAGUUGUUGGAAUAAUAUGCCUUGAAGCUUCAUCUUUUAUUUAUAUUCCCCUUGUUACACUUGUUCAUGAUGUCUCUAUCUUCAGAGCACAUCUUUGCUCUUGUUUUAAAUAACUUCAGCCAUAUAUUUCUCUACCAAUGGAUGUGGGAAUAGUUUGCAUACUAACAAUUCUUUCUCGGAGAUCUCUUGGUUGUUUGCAGACAUACAGUUUGCAGGACCUGGCUAGAAAUGGGCUGGGGACAACUGGAGAAAGUCAACCACCUGCAUGUGACCUUCCUAAGCACACUUGGCUGACUACUGUCACAGGCAGAUGAUUCAUCUAUACAAAUCUUUGACCCUUAUUAGAAAAGCAGCUUUUUAAUCCUUAUGAUUCUUGCUCUGAGAGCUAUGAUGCUUGAUAGUGGUUUAAAUUUGUAGUGUAGAUGUGUGCUUUUGAGAGUGAUUCUAACAAGUAGAACCACAGUAUUAAUUUCCGCAGUCUUGAAUUCAUGGAAUUCCUGCUGCAAUUCUCAGGCUUUCAGUUCAUAAUAUAAGGAUUUCCACCAGGGUUCUCAAACUCUGUGGUGCUGUGACUGUCUAAAAUAAUAAAUUAAUUCAUGUGAUUUCCCCUCCUCCACAAUAAUAUUGAUGGUGGUGGAAGGAGCUGACAAAGUAUGUCAUUUUUAUCAGCAGCUACCUAAAAUGGUGAGCUUAGUGCUGUACUCUCUUUCUGGCUCGAAGGAGGGCCCUGAGCCUGCGUGUCUCCUCAUCAGCCAUGCGCUGUACAUGAUGUGGUUCCUCCCUUCCUGCUUUCCCUAGUAGUUGGAGCUCUGCAGUCUCUGCAUUCCCAACCCUCCUACUUUUCCACCUUUCUGGCUACCCAGAAAUGUGUGACACCCCCCCUUCUAAUUCACUUAUGAGCCCCUUGGGGGUCACAGCUUCAGAACCCUUGAUUCAGCAAGCAAAUUUGUUUGGGGGAAAGCCAGAGUCACCUUAUCCCAAGUCCUUGGAAUGAGAAAUAUUUUUGUAGCCUUUAUAGAACCCUAUUCUGCAUUUUAUUAAAGACCUUGUUUGUUUAAUCUUCUUGUAAAUUUGAUUUAGAAAAAUAAAUACAGUGCCUUUGCAAAGGAAACUAUUAAUGUGCUGAGGUAGUGAACAGGGGUUUGUGAUUUAAAUGGCCAGGUAUGGGGGGAUCUUUUCUUCUGCUAAUUUGUGCUUCAAGACUGCCAGAUGGAAACGCACAACUUCCAAAGGGAAGAGUUUUCUUCUUCCAUCACUUUCAAUCCUUUCCCCUUAGAGAAGAAAAUAGUACCUAGAAUUACUCCUCCCGAUUUCCUUUCCUUUCCUUCCCUUUCCUUCC